UCGGCCACGUGUCCCUCCUUUACGCCACACGCUCCUGCGUGAUGACGUCACACCCACACUAGACAUAAAAGCCCAGCGAGGCAGCGGCUUCCGCCUUUUGAGAGGCCUGAGCGCGGGCUGGCGGGAUGGCGCCGCAGAAAGACCGAAAGUCAAAAAAAUCAACUUGGAAGUUUAGCCUUGACCUCACCCAUCCUGUAGAAGAUGGAAUAUUUGAUUCUGGAAAUUUUGAACAGUUCCUAAAGGAGAAGGUUAAGGUCAAUGGAAAAACUGGAAACCUGGGGAACAUAGUUCACAUUGAACGUUUUAAGAACAAGAUCACAGUCGUAUCUGAGAAGCAGUUCUCUAAAAGGUAUCUGAAAUACCUCACAAAGAAAUAUCUCAAGAAGAACAAUCUUCGUGACUGGCUUCGUGUGGUCGCAUCUGAUAAGGAGACAUAUGAGCUGCGCUACUUCCAAAUCAGUCAAGAUGAGGAAGGAUCAGAGUCUGAGGAAUAAAUGAAGCUUUUACUGAAAGCUUUAUACUCUUAAACAGCGUACAAAAGACUAAACAUCUAUUUAUGAAAGCACUUUAACUUAUUGGUGAAUAAAGGUUUUGUACACUGUUUCAAAAAAAGUUCCUGCUGAAGUGUGGUCAGCUUACUAACCUUUCUUGUGUUUUCAUUCACAGUGAAAGGUCAGUGUAGAGAAUUGUACUUCGUUUGCAAUUCUCUUUCAUCGGGGUAAAUCAGGAGUAACUCUUAUGAAGUCAGUGGAGUUCCACUGGUGUAAAACCACUGAAAGAGAGGAAAAUUGGGCACUUUGCACUUGCAUUUUCACUAAAUUUGCAUGCAUUCAGAACACAUAAUCACAUUUGGGUUUUGGCAUUCUUAUAGGACUUCUUGUGACUCCAGAAGGCCUUUGACCAACUAUUUCCAUCUUAACAUGCCUAAAAUUGAAAACCAUGUAAAACUAAAAGUUUUAACACUAAAUUGUUCAAAUUAGGUAACGUAAAGGUUGAAGGUGUGAUGUACAUAUAUAAUUAGAAAAGAAAAGCAAGAUUUUGAUGAUGCUCAAGAAAGUGAUCUGCUUAUAUACAGAAAAUAACAAGUAAAGUGCCGUGUGCUAACAUGUAGCUUAUAUGCCUAUGUUGGAAUACAAAUAAAUGUCUUUUAGUAUUUUCA